AUGUACAACCGAGCGAAAGCCGCUGUUCGGGAAUUCGCUAACAGAAUUCGGCAACGGCCGACGCAAUCACCGAUGGAGGAUAUUCCAAACCCAGCUCCAGAGCUACAUCUACCCAAAGGAAUCCUACCAACGUUUUCGGGCGAUUAUGGAGAGUGGAGCUCUUUCUACGACCUGUUUGUGAGCUCAGUGCACAAUAACCACCAAUUGACGAAGGCCCAGAAGUUGUUCUACCUCAAGACAUACACCACGGGACGAGCCGCAGCAGUGUUGAAGCAUCUGAAGGUGGAGGAUAAUGCAUAUGAAGGUGCAUUAGAAGCGCUGAGGAAACGAUUUGACCGAAAGGACCAGAUUGUGAACCACCAUGUGCAGCGUUUUAUGGACAUCCCAUCUACAACGGUCGGGUCGGUCGGAGCCCUGCGACGGCUGUACGAAACUGCGGACGAUGUUUCGAGGGCCUUGAAGGCUCUUCAACGGGAGGAACGGGAUUGCUGGUUGAUCUACAUAUUGCUUAUCAUACUGGAUGAUGAAACAAGACAGCUGUGGUACACGAAAACUACAUUGUCGGAGGAAGCACCGUCACUAGAGGAUUUCCUAAUAUUCAUCGAACAACGAUCGUAUGCACUAGAAACAUCACAAUCAUCUGCGGGAAAGGCAAACCUUCGGCAGUGUAAAGCUGCGCCACAACGCAGUAGCAGUUUCGUGGCUACCAGCAAUUCCCAGGUUGGAAAAUGCAUCAUUUGUAAAGAGCAACCGCAUCCACCUUUCUUCUGUCAGCAAUUUAAAGCAGUAACUCCCAAGGACCGACUCAAGCUAGUGGAAAAGCACGGACUGUGCAAAAACUGCUUAAGACCUAAGCACGGAACGGGCUUGUGUCAAGCUGGGUCCUGUAAAAAUUGCAAACAAAAUCAUCAUACUUUGCUGCACGAUGGACUACAAUCAGCAGCGCCGCAGCUCUCGUUCGCAGUAACAAGCAACUUUUCGAUCAACGAUGAUUUUUCCUCCGUACUGCUGGCCACUGCAGUCGUUAACGUGCUGGACGCCCACGGAAAACCACAUCGUGCCCGCGUGCUGCUGGAUUCUGCAUCACAAGCAUCCUUCAUAACAACAGAGCUCGCCAAGCAACUCGGGAUUCAACCCAAUGCACUAAACAUGCCACUUCGGGGAAUCUCUGGAAUCACGACCCAAUUAAAGAGCUCCGUCACCGUAACCCUUCAAUCCCGUGUCGCUAAUUACGCUGCGCAAGUGCAUUGUGCAAUUUUGCCAGAAAUUACUGGAACGGUUCCUCACCGGUUCGUCGAUAUUUCCAACUGGGACCUACAAAGCUUCCAGCCACUCGCGGAUGACUGUUUCAACACUCCAGGAAAGAUCGAUCUUUUACUUGGAGCCAGCCUCUUUUAUCAGCUGUUGGACUCCGAGAGAAUUUCGCUGGGAAGGACGAAACCGGUGCUACAGAAAACCUGCCUGGGAUGGGUGGUAGCCGGAUUCUGUGACGAUACCGCCGGAAGUGACAUUACAACAUCGUGCUUAAUCGGAGUAGCUGGAGCGACGGAAGAAUCAGCCACAUUGAAUCAACUACGCGAAUCGUACCAGUCCCUAAUCCAGGGACAAUAA